AAAUUAGUGACGAUAUUAGUAAAGAGUUGAUGUCGUACAAACGAACACCGAACGUGGAACAAAUUGCGAUUUAAUUGCGGCUUCGCGGAGAAUUCUAACUCAGUCGAGUAACUAACGUGUUGGCAGUGAAAACGAUUUGCCAAAGAUCGAUAAAAAUGAUUUUUAGAAAUAGCAUCGCAAGCACAUACUUUGCACAUAAAAAUUAAUGACCUCAUUUUGCCGAAUCGAAAUCAUUUUUUUUUUUAAACUUUGAAUCGCACAAAAAAGUCUGAAUCGAAAGAAAAGAAAAUUGAUUGAAAAAAAUUUAUAAGAUAUUUAAAGGUUGAAAUAAAAAAAAAAAUGGAAAUUUCAUCGAAAAACGCUUUGUUGCUGGGCUCAUUUUGCUUGACGUUCUUUUUGAGCGUAUGCAAUGCUCAGCUGCUCGAGGGAAUUUAUUGUGGCCGUGAAAAUUGUUACGAUGUUUUGAAUGUAACGCGCGAUUCAACUGGAAGUGAAGUUCGACGAAUGUAUCGACGCUUGGCGAAAAAGACGCAUCCCGAUUUGUUCCGCGAUGAAGAGCAGAAGAAAGAAGCCGAAGAGAAAUUCAAAUUACUCGCUAAUGCUUACGAAAUCCUGCGAGAUGAUGAGGCGCGCAAAGACUACGAUUACAUGUUGGACAAUCCAUCGGAAUAUUAUUCGCAUUACUAUCGUUACUACCGAAGACGAAUGGCACCAAAGGUAGACGUUCGUCUGGUGCUAAUCGUCACAAUCUCUGUGAUAUCCAUCAUUCAGUACUACAGUUUGUGGCAACGUUAUGAUUCGGCCAUUAAAUACUUUAUGACGGUGCCAAAGUAUCGAAUCAAAGCGAUGGAAAUUGCGGCCGAGCAACAGCGACAAGAGGAGGUCAAUGGUGUUAAAAACGGUAAACCAAAGUCUCGGAACAGAGUGUCCAAAGCCGAAUUGAAGGAAGAACAGGAGCGAAAAAUCCGGCAAAUCAUUGAGGAAAAAAUGGAUAUCAAGGGUGCAUAUGCCAAACCGAAAAUAAGUGAUGUGCUUUGGGUGCAACUCAUAAUAUUGCCUUACACUUUAACUAAAUACGUUUAUUGGUACAGCAGUUGGAUCUGGCGAUUCACAAUAAUGCGGCAGCCAUAUGGUGAUGACGAAAAAUUCUAUCUCAUUCGGAAGUACAUGAAAGUCGGUCAAUGGCAAUUCGACGGUCUGGAUGAUCACGAAAAACAAAGCUAUUUAGACAUGGAGCUGUGGAUUAAAGAGAACUUCGACGAAUGGAAGGCCGAACAAGAGGAAGAAAUGAAAGCCAAGUUGGCCGAAAGUGCCCGACACAAAUCAUAUCGACGAUACAUGAAAAACCAUGGUCCUGGCCGAAUGACAUUCGAAGACUAACAACCGUAGAUUCACUUAAGUCAUAUUUAAUUUAACGAUGCAGCCCAAAUGUAAUUUAUUGUACAUUCUCGAUAUCAUAUCGAUACAAAAAAAAAAUAAGUGACUUGAUACAAAUAAAGUUAUUUAAUUUUAUAAGAAAAAAAA